ACCAUAUCAUAGUGACAUUUCACUCAUGUACGGACACUUUCAUACAAAUCACUGUCGUUACAACCCGUGACUUUCAGAAUUAAAACGUUAAUAAAUCUUCAUGUACUUAUUUUACAAUGGAAUACACUAGCAAGCAAUGGCCAUUAAAACUAACGCCGCAGACGCUGCGACUGAGCCGGUGUUAGAGUUGGAGCUAGAGUUUGGACACGUUUCCGGCGCGUAUUGGGAACAGGAAAAGGAGGCAAUGGGAACUAAGGCGAUGCGAGUUGUCACCCUUGUGGUGGGCUGCCUCGGUAUGGCGAUCGCCGGCUCCAUCUACGCCUUCAACGCGUACGCUAACGCCGUCAAGGCGACGUUUACUUACACACAAUCAGACAUUGAGAUGUUCGCUUCCAUGGGAAAUUUCGGUAUCUCAUUCGGGUUACCGGCGGGGAUCCUUGCGGAGAAAUUCGGCUCCCGCAUCACUUCCGUCGUUGCGGCGACAGUGUCGGCGGGUGGCUUUGUGCUCUUGUGGUCCACGACCCUUUCACACCAGUUCUACAACGAGCACGCUUGGCUCCAGUACAUCUACUUCUUCAUUGCCGGUUUCGGUGCAAUAUUCAUGUACAUGGCGUCCCUAACAACGAACAUGCACAACUUCAGCCCGAGGCAUCGCGGCAAAGUCGUGGGUCUCUUAGACGCUUCCUUCAGCGCCGGCCCGGCGCUGAUCGCUCUCCUCUACGGGGUGUUGUUCAUGCGCGGUCACGUUACGGACGAACAGAACCAGGACCUCAAGGGAUUUUAUCUCAUGUCCGCCAUUUGCUUCGGGGUCAUAGGUGUACUGGGCGUGUUUCUUCUGAAGAGCAACCCGUACAAUGAAGAAGAAAUGACGUUCGAAAAGUUGAACGAAGACGAAGACGAUUCCUCUAACGUACCCAAAAGGGAAGGUGACGUUACUGGGCUCAAAUUGUUGAAGGAUGUAAAUUUUCAAUUUCUCUUCUGGGCGUACAUUUUCUGCGCCGGUUUGCAAUUGACUUUCCAGACAAACAUAACAGCUUACCUAAAGUCCUAUCAUUUAGAGGGAUAUAGCACACUGUUCACCACACUAAACCCCAUCUUCGGGGUCAUCUCCAAAUUCAUCGCCGGUUUCCUGUCGGACGCGAUGGUCCACAAGGUGCCGCGCAUCGCCGUUUUGUUCGCCUUUAACGUUUUUCAGACCGUCACCAUGGCGAUAUGCAUCGCCUACUCCGACAGACUUCCGGUGCUUGUCAUCGCUCUCAUCGGUGUCGGAAUGCCCAACGGCGCUCUGUGGUGCUUAACGCCCACUAUGCUCAGCGAGUUUUACGGGAUGAAGUAUUUCGGGAGGAACUGGGGUACCAUAAUGUUCGGUAACGCUUUGGGCGGACUACUUUUUCAGCGGAUUUACGGGUGGAUCUACGACAGUAGCAUAGGCUAUGUGGGUCAAACUGUUUGCUACGGGCUUAAAUGCUUCGCGUGGAGUUUUGCCAUGAUGACGGUACUUAGCGGGUGCUCGCUGCUACUCAACGCCGGUGUUCUGGAGUCAGAGGUCAGGGCGUACAAGUCCAUGGCGCGAGCAAGAACGAUGCGAAAAAUAGACAAAGAAUACUAACAACCAAUGGGAAUUCGCGUGAGAGGUCACGUGACGGAUGCGUGACGGAUAGGACAAUCAUGACCAAAAGGAAUCACGUGAUAUUGGAAUUUUAAGUGACGUCACCAGGGACACUGGGUGAGCACUAUAAUAUAGCAAAUGACGUGUGCAUGUCGUUAUCUAUACGCUUUAUUAAAUUAUUCCGGAUACAAAGUAUCACCAGUUUAUAUGACACAUUUAAAGAUAAUUUACUUUAUUUACAAGUAUCAAGUAUCACUAAUCCAAGAAAUUAUAAUGUAAUUGGAUACACAAAUUACACGAAUCUACUUCAAAUUUUAAAUUUGUAUUUGUACAGAAAUAUUUGCCCCAUUAUACGUCUUGUUUUCGUAUAUUUCUGCAGUAAAUUCAAUCUAAUUAAAAUUAGGAAGACAUAUGGCUUAACAUGCAAACAGACAUCUUUAAAUAAAUGUGCGUUAUUUGAAGUUUUAAGUCCAUUACCAAAAAAUAGAUAUAAUUUUACAUUAUUAUUGUUAAAAUUUAUGUGAAUUCAUAAAUGUACGCUUUGUGUAAUUAUUUCUGUAUCAUAAAUUGACCGUGAUAUUUGAUAAAUGUGCAAUUAUUACAUUACAUAAUUAUAAGAUUUAUUUUAUUCAACAAUAAAUAUUUAUAAUUAUGUUAACAUAAUGAUACAUUAAAAUUGUUAAUUUUA